AUGUUAAUGUCGCCAAUAACGCCAAGUGAAGGAGAAAGAAUUCCCGCAUUUCGACCGCGCGGUCGUGGUAAAAGACAGCCAAACUCAAAUGGACCUUCAUGCAUGUUAAAAAUGGCAGCUGUUGGAGGUGAAGAAAUGGAGAUGGUAGGCAGAGAGAUUUGGAUUGGUACUAGUUCAGAGGCGCUUUCACGGCAAUCUUCAAUUUCCGAGCGGAUAGACACAGCGGUUUCAGUUGACACACGUUCAUUGCAAUCAACAUUGUCUCGAGAAAAUGCGUCUGCGUUGCAACUAUGCAUUCGUGAUUCUACACCUCCUUCAGCCUCCGAUGGUUCUUUUUCGGCUCCUGAAGGUGCAGUGAGAUGCUGUGAUUUAAUGCGCAGUUCAGUAAUAUCUGAUAAUUGCCAUUCGCAAACAUCGUUCAGUGAUUUAACCGAUUCCGAUUUGCUAGAGAUUGAAAACACGAGCAUUCUUCAUUCACUGGAGGUGAAGCAUAGCAGGAGCUAUAUUCGGUCGGGAGGUGACCAUAAUGUAUUCCGCAAUCAUAGACCUGCGUCAUGUAUUAUGACGCCGAAGUUACCACCAGCUUGUCAGCGGGAAACGGUUAUUGUAAGAACGAACAUCUAUCCAUUGGAAGUUGGAAAUCGAACUGUGUAUCGUUACGACGUGAGAAUGUAUGCGAACCGUGCGGAUACAUCGAAGGAACAAACCACAGACUUGUGCAAGGGCGACAGAGAUGACUCUGGAAUGAUUGUACGUCAUCAGAAGUGUAUGCUGUUAAUGAGACGUGUAUUGGAAUUAUACCGCAUUCUGAAAGAUGGUGGUGCUUACUUGUAUGAUUUAUCAAACACUUUAUUCACUAAUGAGCAGCUCAAUAAAGAAUUGCUACCUCGCUUAAAGAUAUCGAUGGAGCAGUUAACGCCAGAAUUGCGUGAUCUAAUUGGUGCAUGCGAUGUUUUUAUUGAAAUAACGCCGUGUGCAGAAAGUGCUCAUACAUUCAAUGUUAAAGAUUAUCGUGAUUCAGUCACGAAUGAUUUGGCUCGUCAGGAUCGCUCAUUCAGACAGUUUUUUGAAAUUCUCACAAAUCAUAGUGCUUUGCAAAAGGGAACGCACUAUGCAUUUGGUUGUGGUAAACUGUUUUUGGUGAAUGGUAAGAAGUAUAAACUUGAGAAACAGUCGUUGAGUGAGAGUAGAACUUUGGUCACUGGUAUUGAUAAGGGAAUCCGUAUUAUCGAACGAUCGAAUGGCAGUAUCAUCCCAGCACUUGUCAUUGACUUAAAAAAAGCUGCAUUUUUUGACGCAGUUCCAUUGGCGGAUAUGAUCCAUCAAGUAUUGAUGAAAAAUGAUUCGUGUUCCCCUAUUCCUCCUCUGGAUGCAAAUCUUUUCAAUCAUUUUGUACGCAAACUAAACGAUAUUAUUCGAGAUCUUCGAUUGGAACAUUCGAACUGCACCAAUAAGUCAUUCCUAGCAUCUGGUUUGUCAGAUAAACCCAUUGGACAAAUUAGACUUUCAGUCGGCAAAAAUGCGCCACUGAUUCCAAUGCUACAGUAUUAUAAACAGCGAGGUUAUCGUAUUCGGUCAGAUUGGCCAGCUGUCCGUUUGAUUACGAAUUUCGGCACUUCAUAUUUUCCGAUUGAAGUAUUGCGAGUUGCACCCUGUCAGAGAGUACCAGUGAGCAAGCAGACAUCGUCGCAGAUGAAAGAUACAAUCAAAGAAUGUGCUAUGCUCCCGCACGCACGUUUCCGCGAUAUUGCUCGAAAUUUACAGGCACUUGAUUUAGAUGAGGCAACUCAUUACAAUCCAUUUAUGGCCGCUUUUGGAGUACGAAUUAGUUCAACUCCGAUUACUGUUGAAGGUCACCGUCGCCUUGCACCGAAAGUCCAAUAUUUAGACACAGAAGGUGGGACAGGUGUCAUCGACGUCGAUACCAAAAAUGCGAACUGGCGAAUGAUUGGGAAGCAGUACUUGGUUGGGGCACGUCUUCGCUGUUGGUUUAUACUUUACGAUGACGCGAGAGAUGGAGAUAUGGUUGUGGCAUUUGCAAAAACUCUGGUUCGCGAAUGUUGCAAGAAAGGUAUACAGAUGGUGGAUCCUGUCAUUAAAAAUGUGCAAUUUGAAGAACUGGAAACUUGUUUUAAGCAGAUUCGUGAAACUUAUCCGGAUGAGCGAGCAUUUGUGAUGUAUAUUGACUCCCGUGAUGAUACGCAUGAUAAUUUAAAAUUAUAUGAAGCUCUUCAUCACAUAGUCACACAGCAUAUACAAGGAUCGAGGGCUCGUGAGGCACCGAAAAAAGUUGCGACUUUAGAAAAUAUCGUUAACAAGUUAAACUGCAAGAAUUUCGGACAGUGUUAUGGCGUUGUACCAGAAUCAUUUGCAACUAACAAAUGGAUCUCCACUGGAAAAACCCUUAUAAUCGGUUACGACGUAUGUCAUCCAGAUCCCCAGCCAAAACAUGAAAGAAGAAUGCGGAUGCCACCCAGUCAGCCAAGUGUUCUUGGAAUUAGUUUUAAUGGAGCACCUUGUCCAGAAACAUUCAUUGGUGAUUAUUCAUUCCAAGAACCUCGUAAAGAGCAAGUAACAGGUUCCAUUUUGGAGGAACGGAUUUACUGGAUUUUGAGCCUCUUUUAUGGCAGUCGUAAUGGUAUACUUCCCGAAACUGUUAUUAUCACUCGUGAUGGCGUUUCUGAAGGGCAGUUCAAAAUGGUGAUGGAAGACGAAAUUGAAGCCAUUCGUCAGGGAAUGCGUAAUUUUGGAAAAGCGGAAGCUGGGACUGAUAAUUACUCACCGAAUAUAGUAUGCAUCAUUGCUUGCAAGAGGCAUAACAAACGUUUUGCAAUUGAGAAUGGUCGCUUUUUGGAAAAUUGUUUGCCGUUGACAGUGAUUGACAGGGAUAUUACACGCCCAGAUACCACGGAAUUUUUCAUGCAGUCACAUAAAAUCAUAAAGGGUACUGGAAAGUUGCCUGCGUAUUCAAUGCCCAUCAAUGAAGCAAAUUUAACCAUGGACGAAGCACAGUCGCUGAUGAUGGCUUUGUGUUUUACUCAUCAAAUUGUUAAUCAAGCAAUUUCAAUUCCAGAACCAAUCUAUCAGGCAGAUGAGUGGGCUAAAAGAGGGCGUAACAAUUUCAGGGCUAUGUUGCGGCGUGUUGGUGGUAAGGAGCGUUUACCAACAUUGGAGUGUGGAAGCGUUGACUGGAAUCGCGUCACACGACGCCUUUGUUAUAUGGAUACUGGACUGGAAUUGACACGAGCAAAUGCAUAA